GUCCCGAGCCCCCAAGGCCGCGAGUCUGCAACACGGCGCCCCUGCGGACGAGCGCCGCCGUCCCCGAGCACGGAGGUCGAGCUGCCCAGGCGCGGAGCGCCAGCACCCCGCCGGCCGGCCGCCCACCCACCGCCCCGCCUGGCUGCCUGGGCCUGGCGCUAGUCGCCGUUGCCGAGCCUGUGCGGCACGGCCGUUGGUGCGCCGAGCAGCGCGGGACCCGCCGCGGCGCGAGUCCACGGCAGUGCGGGAGCUGAUCCUGCGGUCUAGGCGGAGUCGGUGAGAUGGUGAUGGUGUCAGGCGGUGGGGGGAACGCGUGGGCGAAGGAGAUGACCGUCCGCCGCAGGAUAGCCAGCAUAUUCAAUAAGACGCAGGAACACUUCCCUAGUCUGAAGGACUACAACGAUUAUCUGGAAGAAGUUGAGGAUAUGACUUUCAACCUGAUCGAAGGGAUAGAUGUCGAGGUGAUUGAAGCAAAAAUUGCAAGAUACCAACAGGAAAAUGUGGAGCAGAUAUACUUGUCCAGAGCUAAAAGGGCGGAAGAUCUUGCAGCAGCACUUAAAGCAAGCAGGAUGAACCCUAUAAAGGCCGAGGUCAAUGAUACGGCUGCUGGGAGUUCUCAGGGUAUUAGUGGUGGGGCAGGAGUUCAGGGCCAGUAUGCACCUGCCGCUGUUCUUGGGGGAGUGGCUCAGCCUCGCCCCACAGGUAUGGCUCCCCAACUAAUGGGCAGUCGGUCAGAUCCUCUUCAAGGAGAUGACGAGGAGACCAGGAGACUACGUGCAGAGCGAGUAGCACGAGCUGGUGGAUGGACUGCUGAAUUGAGUAAGAGAAGAGCACUGGAGGAGGCGUUUAGCGCCAUAUUCAUCUAGGACUGAUCAAAAGGCAACACAUGGCCUGGAGGAAAGCCAGUAUAUUUAAAAUGGCCGUCAAACAACUGCGCAACAUUGGAUGGUCUAUACCGCGAUACCUUUUGGGACAUGGAAUUCUCACAGAUUUUAGUGAAGUACUACCUAUUAGCGCCAAGUGAGCGUGCGGUCGCAAAAGCAUCCUUUGUGUGCAAGCUAGAAAAUGCACAUUGUUGUGUACCUUGUUCGUCUCAGGUCAUCUUGACAGUCAAGACUUGUGACAGUUCUUUUGUAUAAGGACAUGAUACACUUUACGAGCCUCGCUUCUCAGACGUACCACCCUCUGUCCUAAAUUAUAGGUCAUUUUGGGUUUUCUUGGUGCAUAGCUUUUGUUAUAUACCUAGAUAUACAAUAUGUCUAAUACAUAAUAAAGAUUGUGUACCUAGAAAAGUCAAAACGACUUAGAGAUUAAGACAGGGGGAGGGGUUAAAAGAAAUUGUCCCAUGA